GUGCACGUUAGCCAACAUUUAUCCCUCCCACAUUUAAGGCGCCAAACCAACUCAAAGUCUCCAACGGUCCAAAACUUCAUUCGAAAACCGCAAUUUUCUUUUGUUGUUUCAUGAAACUUCCCCUUUCUCUAACGAAUCCGAACAUGGCAUCCGGGUCAGGGUCGUUAAUGUGGUUCCGAAAAGGGCUCCGGAUCCACGACAACCCGGCGCUCGAGUAUGCUUCCAGAGGAUCCACCUGUGUUUACCCUUUGUUCGUGAUCGACCCUCACUACAUGGAGCCGGACCCAAACGCGUUUUCCCCCGGGUCGACCCGAGCGGGUAUAAACAGGAUACGGUUCUUAUUGGAAAGCCUCGCUGACCUUGACUCAAGUUUGAAGAAACUCGGGUCGAGGUUGUUGGUUUUGAAGGGUGAACCCGGUGAGGUUUUGAUUCGUUGCUUAAACGAGUGGGAUGUUAAAAAGCUUUGCUUUGAGUAUGACACUGAUCCAUAUUAUCAAGCUUUGGAUAAGAAAGUUAAGAAUUAUGCUUCUGCAGCUGGAAUCGAGGUUUUUUCUCCUGUGAGUCAUACGCUGUUCAAUCCUGCUGAUAUUAUAGAGAAGAAUGGAGGAAGACCACCAUUGACUUAUCAAUCCUUUUUAAAGCUUGCUGGGGAACCCUUGUGGGCAUCUUCCCCACUUUCGGUUGAACUUUCGUCGAUUCCUCCUGUCGGGGAUGUUGGAAGUUGUGAGAUUUUACAAGUUCCAACGCUAAAGGAACUUGGGUAUGUGGAAGAGUAUCAGGAUGAAUUCACUCCCUUUAGAGGUGGUGAGUCAGAGGGAUUGAGGAGGUUGAGAGAAACACUAUGUGACAAGGAAUGGGUAGCCAAUUUCGAGAAACCUAAGGGUGACCCGUCUGCAUAUAUAAAGCCAGCAACAACUGUUCUAUCACCUUAUUUGAAAUUUGGAUGCCUCUCUUCCAGGUAUUUUUACCAGUGCCUUCAAGAUGUCUAUAAAAAUGCUAAGAGGCAUUCAUCACCACCGGUUUCUCUGGUUGGGCAGUUGCUAUGGCGUGAUUUUUUCUAUACCGUCGCAUUUGGAACUCCUAAUUUUGACAAAAUGAAGGGUAACAAAAUAUGCAAGCAGAUUCCAUGGAAUGAUGAUGACAAACUCCUAGCUGCUUGGAGGGAAGCUAGAACAGGUUUCCCUUGGAUUGAUGCUAUCAUGGUCCAGCUGCGGAAGUGGGGUUGGAUGCACCAUCUUGCACGUCACUCUGUUGCGUGUUUCCUUACUCGUGGAGAUCUUUUUGUUCAUUGGGAAAAAGGACGUGAUGUCUUCGAGAGACUUCUAAUUGAUUCAGAUUGGGCAAUUAACAACGGGAAUUGGCUCUGGCUAUCGUGUUCAUCGUUCUUUUACCAGUAUAACCGCAUAUAUUCACCGAUAUCGUUUGGAAGGAAAUAUGAUCCAAAUGGUAAUUAUAUUAGGCAUUUUCUCCCCAUACUAAAAGACAUACCCAAGGAGUACAUAUAUGAGCCAUGGACAGCUCCACUUAGUGUGCAAACUAAAGCAAAGUGCAUUAUUGGAAGAGAUUAUCCGAAACCAGUGGUUUCACAUGAGACUGCAAGCAAAGAAUGCAAAAAGAAAAUGGGGGAAGCUUAUGCAGUUAACCAGAGGCUGAAUGGAGCUGUAAGUGAAGAAGAUUUAAGGAAUUUGAGAAGAAAAUUUGCUGAAGGCGACGAAGAGCAGCAACCCAAACCCAGAAGGCUAAGACAAAAGCUCAUAAACUGAACUUCCAAUCUUAUGAUGUUUUUUUAAUAAAUUU